AUGCGCCUAACCGACCCCAUCCAUCUCACCCCAGAAGACAUCGAUGCCGUCGCUCCCGACAUUGCAAGCAUCCGACACUCAUCCUUGACCACCACGCCGCUGGGCCAGCUGAGAUACGGUCGCGUGCCCCACGCCGAAGCCCGUCGAUGGCUGGAGUCGAGCACCCGGAUCGAGCUUGAGAGCGAGCUAGCACGAUACCCCCGGAUUGCCAGUCUGGGCCGCGAUGAGUUGGGCCAGCAUGUCACGCGGAUGGAGCACCUUGUCAUCCGCGAUCUGGAUCUCGAAUUAUUGCCACCCGCGUGCCAUUCGAAAUCACAGAGCGUGGAAGUGUCUGGUGGUGGUGGUGGUGGUGGUGGUGGUGGUGGUGGUGGUGGUGGUGGUCGACGUGUCGUUGCCUUCGCAGAAUUCAUGUACCAUCCGUCGACGCAGGAGCCGGCAACACAGAGCACGCACAUCUCAGAAGAUAAUCCGCCAGCCUCCUCGUCAACGGACGACAAGACCACCCCACCGACCAGUCUCGGUCUCGAUCUUCUCCCGUCAUCCGUCCACCGCGAACUGCACGAACACUGGGACCGGACCGUCGAAGACGCCCUGUCGGCGCGGUUCGGGGCCAUGCACUGCUUCGAGGUGCGCGGCAUCGGCACGCUCGCGCCGUCGCACCUGCGGAAGGGCAUCGCCAGCGAAUUACUGCCGUGGAUCUUCCCCUGGGCGGACAGGUUGGGCAUUCCCGUUGUCCUGGCAGCCACGCCGGCGGGGUACCCGUUCUAUCUGCGGCACGGGUUCGUGGAGAUAGACGACGGGAAAGGGGGUUCCAUCGAGUGCGACAUGGCCGAGUGGGGAGGGAUCGGGAUCCAUCGACAUGUCCUGAUGAUAAGGUGGCCGAAGCACACGGAGCUCUGA